UUCACCCAUUCCAAGGACCAAUCGCCUCUGACGAUGAGCGCCUGUUUCUUGGCGAGCGUGGUCGCCCUGCUGGGCUUGCUCGCGCGGCCGUCCGAGUGCGCGCGCGCCUUCUUCGUGUUCGGCGACUCGCUGGUGGACAACGGCAACAACAACUACCUGAUGACCACGGCCCGCGCCGACUCGCCGCCGUACGGGAUCGACUUCCCGACGCACCGCCCCACCGGCCGUUUCUCCAACGGGAAGAACAUCCCCGACAUCAUCAGCGAGCACCUCGGCGCGGAGCCCACGCUGCCGUACCUGAGCCCCGAGCUCCGCGGGCAGAAGCUGCUCGUCGGCGCAAACUUCGCGUCGGCCGGCGUCGGGAUCCUGAACGACACCGGCAUCCAGUUCGUGGACAUCCUGCGGAUGAGCCGGCAGCUGCGGUACUUCGGCGAGUACCAGCGCAGGCUCCGCGCGCUGGUGGGCGCGGCCCGGGCGCGGCAGCUGGUGCGCCGCUCGCUCACGCUCAUCACCCUCGGCGGCAACGACUUCGUCAACAACUACUACCUCGUCCCCUUCUCCCUGCGCUCCCGCCAGUUCGCGCUCCCGGACUACGUGCGCUACCUCGUCUCCGAGUACAAGAAGAUCCUCAUCAGGCUGUACGCGAUGGGUUGCCGGCGCGUGCUGGUGACGGGCACGGGCCCCCUGGGUUGCGCGCCGGCGAUCCUGGCGCAGCGGAGCCGGAACGGCGAGUGCGCGGCGGAGCUGAUGCGCGCGGCGUCGCUGUUCAACCCGCUGCUGGCGCGGGCGCUGGAGGGGCUGAACCGCCGGCUCGGGGCCGGCACGUUCAUCGCGGCCAACGCGUUCCGCGUCCACUUCGACUUCGUGAGCGACCCGGGCGCGUACGGGUUCGCGACAGCCAAGGUCGCGUGCUGCGGCCAGGGCCCCCACAACGGGCUGGGGCUGUGCACGGCGGCGUCGAGCCUGUGCGCCGACCGGGGGCGCUACGUGUUCUGGGACCCGUACCACCCCACGGAGCGCGCCAGCCGGAUCAUCGUCAGCCAGUUCAUGCGCGGGUCGCUCGACUACGUCAGCCCCAUGAACCUCAGCACCGCCCUCGAGAUGGACGCCAGGCUGGGCGCCUGAUCGGCACCUGACACGACUGGUGGUCGUGCAAGAGAAGCAGGAGCGGAUGACGUGUCAGCCCGAGAAUGGCUGUGUACUGCAUGUGUAGCGUAUGCACACGCAGAGGCAGGAGAAGCUGGAAUUGGAAUGAGCAAUCGUCGUGAAUAAAAAUCUCAAGAGUUGUUCUGCAAUGGAAAAAAACAAACACAAUUCGUAGGUUGAGACCCGACCCGGGCCACCGAGCGGCCCGCGGCCAUGGUUGAGCCGCGCGGUUUGGGCUUUGCUACAGUUACGAUUGGGCCACCUGACGUGGCGGCGGCCCAGUUACUCGUGCGAUCAUUCUCGGUCCUCUUUUCUGUUGUUUUCAUAUGCUCGUCCGCUGGUGGUACCACCCAACAUGCACUGG